AUGUUACUCUCAACAAACCCGCUGGAUCCAACAAAUUUACCUGCACAAUUACAUUUCUAUGGCCCAUUUGAGGAAAGGAACAACGGCGUCGCCACAAACUGCCAACAUGACACCGGGGAAAGCAGUAUACAGAACAAGCUGACUUCAUGUUGCAACGAUGUAAAUGCCCUUGAUGUUGACAAGAUUAAAAAUGCCUUUUGCUUUGUGUCUGGAUUGAAACCAUAUAAACAGUAUCCACACUACAAGUACCGUUGGCAUUUUCUCUAUUAUUGGGUAGGGGACCUAAUAUGGAAAAGCUUGGGUGAAGCAGAUAGGGAAGGCAAGCUUCCGGGCUGCUUGAAGCAGAUUUGUGAAUUAAUACAGAGUAAAUGUGAAAGUGAAGGAUGUAAGCUUAAUUUCCCCGAACAAAUGGACGGAGACACUUUCGAACAGAGUAAAGAAUUCUUUGACUUUAUCCAAAAUUAUAAUGAUAUAAACUAUUAUUUACAGAGUGGUAACGACCAAUGUGAUGAACAGUGGUCCACUUACAAGAAGAACAUUGAACCAGCAUGUAAAGCUGUGCAGGAAUAUUGCAAAAAGGAUGGGGAACAUUCUACUGAGCAAUAUUGUACGGAAUACAGCGACACAUAUGAAAUUUACUGUACGAGAAUGCUAGGAAGGUUGCAUUGUAAAUCACAAGUUGCAGAACCAGAGGACGAACAUACGACAUAUUUCUGGCCGGAUGAAUCAAUUCCAUUAUCUAUAGCACAGGCAAACUUAAGUAAAGCGACCACCACCACUGCCCUUUCUUCUAUAAUUGGCACACUAGGAUUAACGGUACUUCCUUACGCACUAUAUAAGUAUAAGCCAUGGUCUUCUUGGUUUGGUAACCACACUUCUGGAAAUGGAAGGAGAAGAACAAGCACAAGAAAGAGAAGGUCCGAUGAGGGCACCUUUGAUACAUUCACAGAAGACAGCUCAACAUAUGAUUCAGCAACUGAAUCAAUAGUAGAUGACUCCACGACACAAGAUUCCAGGACACUACGUUCUGCUACAUACACAGCACAGUCUACCAGAGAAAGGGAAAGAAGAAAUAAUAAUACACGGGGAGGUCACGGGAUGGUAGGUUACCAGCAUAUGUGA